CACCAAUCAUUUUGCGACAGUUUGACCUUCAAGUGCUCGCAACCCCCAUCAGUGGAAGAUACCCUAGGAGCGUUGUCACAUUUCGCUGGUCCUACAAUACAAAUCCUUGUUUAUACACCAAUGAUUCAUGAUACUGCUGCUAAUAAUUCUAAAGAAUCAGGAAUAACUACAGGAACCUCAAUUCCUUCUCAUGAUAACCAACCUGGUAACAAUUAUUUACAAUCAUAUCGUAGCGGGGAUUUCUCUAGGACAAUAAAACGAAAAGCAUCUCGAAUCAGUCAUAAAGCUAAACGUGAAAUAAGAAACGCACCAUGGACGCCCGGUGAUGAUUAUUUAUUGAUAAAUUCCGUUGUCAUGGUAUGUAACCUUACAGAAGUGUGUCACACUGUAAGAUUCGCUGUUCAUUUUACGGAGAAAGAAAUUGAACGUCGUUGGCGUGAUUUAUUAUUCGAUCCAAUCGUAUCUAGCACUGCGCUGAAAGCAAUUGAGCACCUUCCUUCGUUUAUGAAAUCCCAAUUAGAUAGACAAAUACCAUUCAGUUCACAAGAGGAUAAUAUUAUAGCUCAAAUUUCUUUCUCCGAUGUCUAUCCAGACGGUGUGUUCAAAUCCCUUAAUAUACAUAGUCUGAAUCCCUCCGUAUUUACAGAAAUUUUACGCAAAUAUCCAACAGUAUUCUACCAUGGACGAGAUGAACUAGAUUUAUAUCGUCAGUGGUGUCGUUUCUACAAUUGUCAUUGCAUCAUUGUAAAAGAUGGUGUAAAGUUGAAGUCAAUACCUAAAUAUAACACCUCAUUAUCGACUUCACCAGAUGUCAAAACAACAGGUGCGACGACAACAGCAAUAAAAAAUCGUGACGGUAUAUCUUUGCUGAAAAAUGUUGAUUAUUCCAAUUCUAUAGCAUUAGGUGGUGAUCCACAAAGUUUUUCUGAUACAGAAUUAUUAUUAGAAGAGACAGUAACCAAUGCAGUCGUUGCAGGAAUCCCUAAAUUAACUGAACCAUCGACAGUAUCACGUAGAAAACAUAUGUUAAAUCAAACAUCAUAUCAUGGUUUCCAAGGUCUUGUUACACAAACAGUCUUGGAAUUACUCCUUAAAGAAUAUUCUGGUCAAUUAAAUGAUUCACUUGUACAUCCUAGUCUACAGCAUCACUCUUCUCCGACUUCUGCCGCUUCUUGUUCAACAAUAACAACAACGUCCAGUACACGUGGAGCAACAGCAACAGGUCUAGAGUUGAAAUCGUCAAUUGACCAUGAUCAGAGUCACUCACUACUAAUACAAGAAACAAAUAAUAAAUCACAUUUAUUGUCCUUUAUAAGUUCAUCAUCUGUACCGCCAUUACUAAGUAAUCAAGAAUUUGAUUUUAAACGUCGAUUAGAAUUACAUCGACGUCGCGGACGUUUGUGGGCACGUUUACGUCGAAAUAAAGAAGAGGCUAGACGUUGGACACGUCUAGUUGAAAUGUUUGUAACUAAUGGUCUAGAAGUAAUGGAUCCACAACCAAUUUAUCCAGCAUUAGCAUCUCUUACGGGAUCAAGAACACAAUUUUUGAUAAAAGAAAAAAAGGUCAUAUUUGGUCGUGAUUCAUUCGUUUAUCAACCGCAUAUCGAUUUAUCAAUGGAAGGUAUUGACAGUGGACGUAUAUCACGUUGUCAUGGUCAAAUACGCUUAAGUGAAGAUGGUGUAUUUUGGUUAACUAAUUUUUCAUCUCAUACUGUUUAUGUUGAUGGUAACCCGAUACUGACAGGCGAAGAAGUUGAGCUGAAGGAUUUCUCAACAAUUUUAAUUGAUCAUAUCACAUUGAGAUUUGAUGUGAAUCACGAUUACGUGAAUUGGAUAUGUAGCAAUGAUGGUACCACUGCCACCACUACUAAUAGUAUAGAUAUUUAUAGUUGUGGUAAUGAUAAUAGUGAUACGAGUCAUUCCAUUAAAAAUAAUCAUUAUGAUGGCGACAAACUCUGAUAAUAACAUAGAGGAACGUAUUUCAGAAGAAACUCAACUAUUCGUCAAUAGUUAGAGUGAACUAUCAAAAACCCCGAAAUCAACAGCAUUGUCAGGUAAUAGCCAAGCUCUAAACACCCAGACAAUUAGUGAUCGAUCAACUUCAAGUGAAUAAAAAUAAUCAUAAUAUUGUUAUUUGGUAAAAUGCAUUUUAAUUUGUGUGAGUUGUUUUAUUUUCAUAAGAAAUAUUCUGCUCUGAUGUGUUACUAUUAAGAAACUGUCCAUCGGGAAGUAAUUUCUCUAUAUUAUAGUCGUUUGUGGGAGACGACGGUGUGUUUUACUAUAUAGUGGUUUGAUUGAUUCACAAUUUGUCUGGUUCCUGUCUGAUAUAUAGGUUAGAUUAUACUAAUUAAAAUCUAUAAAUCCAUCCACUGAUUUAUCU